AUGGCAUCCCCCAACUCCCUCCCCUCAGCGUACAACGACAGAUAUCGACAGCAAUCCCGACCAAUGUCUCGAUCCACGGUUGCCCGUGCGGGCUCUAGACGGGUAUCGCCAGCAACGCAAGGUCUCCCGAAACAUUACUCCGCAGGCGACAGCUCAGACGAAGAGGUGCCCGAGCCAAAGUUCAGCGCAUCCGUCAAGGCAUUAUUACAUGGCGAGGGUUUAGGUUCUUCGCCGCACUUACACAAAGCUCAACAUGAGCAGGAACGCAUUUCGAGCUCAAGGCAGAGCCGCUCGCCGCGCAAUGCCUCUCCUCACGACUCAUCCAAUGGGAGCCCAGCACCACGGGUUGUUCGCAUUGGUGCGAUUUCAUCCGGGGCCAGAUUCUCGCGCGAAAGCUCUCCUCUCUCCAACAGCCAGAGCGCAGAACCAGAGAGCCACGCUCAUCGCAACGAUUUUAUCACACCGGCACCUCGACAGCGUAGCGUUCGUAUCAAUGUUUCUCGCAGUAAUUCGAACUCGCCAGCUUCUGCCUCGCCCUCCGGGAGACGUUCGGCGGAGCGUAACUCAGGCGAUGAGUAUGGUAGUGCCGAGCGCUCCGACAGCGAUCGCAAGUUGCACUAUGAAGACGACCCAGCAUCCCGGUAUAUGCCUUCUUCGGCUCUUCGAGGUCGUGGCGGGGAAGAGAUCGCGCCUCACAGCUCACUACGCGUCAAGAGGGUCGGUCGACUUGCUGGAAGCUUCCUCAAUGGCCCCGCUCGCAGGGGUGUGUUGAGAAGGCAGAGUGAAGAAAGCAACGAGGAAAACAACCAGUACCUUUCAACGGAUGGUGUUCGGGAAGAUGUUGAAGGAGAGGAGGAAAAUGGCGAAUAUCAGUCUCGCAACUCUAUGAAGCCCUCAUCGCCCAAGGUAUCAUGGGCAGACCCAAGUCCGCCGGCCCAACGGGAACCACUUCGCGCCGAAUAUCCGCUUCGUCCAGCCGAAGUUGAGGGUCCAUUCUCAAGAUCAAACUCGCCAAAAUCCUAUGGAUCAAAGUCAACACCUGGGUCUUCUGAAGUUUCCUCCAAAUCCUCUCUGGCAAAAGAACAGCCCGUGUUCAAGGUUCCUUCAAUACCAAAUUUGCCAUCAGUCCGGGACCAGGAAAAUGAACCACCACCAACCUUUAGGCGCACCAGACCCCAGGGGCCGAGUGUGAUGGAUAAGCCGGAUAAAUACAACGUUGUUUAUGACACCGAAAAGCGAGACGCAGCCGAGACUCCAGCUGGAAGCUCGGCACGAAAAAUACUCGCUGCGAAGAGCAACAACACGCCUCACAGAGCAGCACCACCUCCCCCCAAAAUGUCAGUCCUCGAAACCGCCACAUCGACAGCAGGCACUUCAACAUCACAGUCCCGAAAGAAAAAGUCUCAAGUCUCAAUCAACGGCAAGCAUUUCACACGUCUAGAUUGCAUUGGUCGUGGUGGCAGCUCUCGUGUCUAUCGGGUGAUGGCUGAGAAUUAUAAGAUCUUCGCUCUGAAGCGAGUCAACCUGGAAGAUGUCGAUCCACUGACUCUUACCGGAUACAAGGGUGAAAUCGAUCUAUUGAAGAAGCUGGAGAAUGUGGACCGCGUGGUGCGCCUGUUUGACUGGGAACUAAAUAACGACAAACAUGCCCUCAGCGUGUUGAUGGAAAUUGGAGAGUCCGAUCUUGAGAAGAUUCUCACUUUCCGCCUGAAUGCCGAAGAUGCUACCUUUGACAUCAACUUCACUCGAUUCUACUGGAAGGAAAUGCUCGAGUGUGUCCAGGCCGUGCAUCAACACAACAUUGUUCAUUCCGACCUCAAGCCUGCCAACUUCCUCAUGGUGCAAGGCCGGCUCAAACUCAUCGACUUCGGCAUCGCCAACGCCAUCCAAGACAACACCGUCAACGUUCACCGCGAGCAACAAGUCGGCACUCCUAACUAUAUGUCACCAGAGGCUCUGGUAGACUCCAAUGUUUCCCUCGGUCUGCCAGCCAGUGUUGGCAAGGUGAUGAAGUUAGGAAAACCCAGCGAUGUCUGGAGUUUGGGUUGCAUCCUUUACAAGAUGGUAUACGGACAGCCUCCAUUCGCCAAAAUCGCCAAAUACUAUGAACGCAUCAUGGCCAUUCCCAACCCGCGUGUGCAAAUCGAUUUCCCCGCAUUCGGUGUCGGCGGCGUUCCAGUACCCCCUGGCCUUGUCCGCACCCUGAAGCGUUGCCUACAACGCGAUCAGACUCUUCGACCAACCAUUGAAGAAAUGCUUGGACCCCGAGACCCCUUCCUGCACCCCGAUGCCCAGCUCGAGGGCGCUGUCCCAGUCACCCAAGACAUGCUCGGUCGUAUUUUGGCCAAUGUCGUCAACCACUGCAAAGCCCGUGGUGUCCCCAGAGAAGAAGAGCUUGCCGCAUGGCCCGCAGGCUUCUUCGCAAAAAUCAAAGCAGCCCUCGAAGAAGAAAACGCAUGA